AUGCUCUCCCCAACCGUCGCCCUCACCAUCCUUCUCUUACUUAUUCUCCCGAACGCCCUUGCCGCGCCACCUUUUCCGCCCCUGAUCAAGUACUUCCCACUAGCUACCCCCAUUCCUCCCACGUCACCGCCUUCUGAAGAUCCAGCAUUACCUGCUCCCCAACCCCAGCAACCUCUCCUCAACGCCAGAACGUGCGGCACCUCUAAUCCAUCCAACAAUCUGCGCUCCGCCCUCGCACAGCUCCGCGCUGAAGAGCCUCUCGACAACAAUAAUCUCUGGUCGGCACGUACCUUCUCAGCCCGCAUCUUGUCGCAACCCCUUCACAAACGCGCCGCAACUCCCCUUGUCACCAUCCCGCUCUAUCUUCACAUCGUCGACACCCCCGCCGCCGCAACCCCGGGCUCCCCAUCCUACAUCUCCGACGCGCAAGUCGAGCAGCAGGUCGCGUACCUCCGCUCCGCGUACGCGCUCCUGUCCAUCGCCUUCGACCUGCGCAAUACCACGCGCACCACGAACGCCACGUGGGCCGGCAACGGCGAUGAUUUGGCCAUGAAGCGCGCGCUGCGCCAGGGCGCGUACGACUCGCUGAACGUCUACUUUCAGAGUAACCUGAAGAGUAAUGGCGACGAUGGCUUGCCGGCAGGCGCCACGCUGCUGGGGCUGUGCACGUUGCCCGUGACGGGUGUCUCGGCUGUGACGGCGCCGGCGAGGUAUGUUAGGGAUGGGUGUAAUGUCUUGUCUGGUACGAUGCCGGGUGGGAGGAUGAAUGGGUACAACCUCGGCGCCACGGCCGCGCAUGAGAUGGGCCACUGGCUGGGUCUCCUGCACACGUUCGAGGAUGAAACGUGCGACGCGGCUUCGUGGGGCGACUACGUGGCUGAUACGCCGCAGCAGGCCGUCCCGACCGAAGGGUGUCCCGCUAGGGGGAGUCAGGAUUCUUGCCCGAAUAGUGGGGUUGCUGAGGGCUGGAGUGGCCUCCCAGGACAAGGUCCUAAUCCAUAUGGGCCUCAGGGCUACAGCGGUGUGGACAACACGAGGAAUUAUAUGGACUAUAGCAGUGAUGUCUGCUACGAGGGGUGGACGGCGGGGCAGGGUGCUAGGGUCGUAAAUGCAUGGAAACUGUGGAGGGAAGGUCGGUGA